CCAAUUUUCCCGCCUCUUCUUCUCCUGACUCCUCUUUCAACCCCUUUUGUCCUCUUUCUUCCGUUCCUUCGAUGCCAUUCCAUCAGACCUCCGCCGCGCCUCCGUCGGGGCACCAUCCGCCUCGCCGUCCGGCGACGUUCCCGCCGCUGACACUUCCUCUGGCCACCAUCGCGCCGCCUCCCCCUUCUAACUCCGGUCCAGGUGGUCGCGGGCUCACCCAAUUCGGGCCGGGCUGGACCGGGGAAUAGGGCGGCCCAGCACGGAUCACCGCCCAUACCCAGCCCUAACCCUCAUGAGUGGUAGUGCUCCAUCUCACAGUCCCCUCCCCGACUCUUUCCUUCAUCCUGGCGGAGCACAAGAUAAAAAUGGAGAGGCUCUUGAUUCUAUUGUCAGAAUCAAUUGAUUAAAAUAAAAUCUUUCAACACUGGGGAGGAUCGAGGGAGCAAGUCUGAAGUAUAUGGUUCUGCAGCAAACUCGUUAUUGUUUCAAUUAGAUAAUGAAGUCUACAGUAUAUAAUCUGCUUUCUGCACUAGCUCCUCUUCACUAUGAUAACCUCACAUACUGUCACAAGCAAUCAUUGAAGAUACUUAAUAGAUUUUCUGGUCAGCAUAAGAGAUUUCAUUCUCUUAUGGGGAAAGAUCCAGUUCAUUUGGAAAAAAGAAUGGUUGAUGGACAGUAUCUUCCUCCUUGGUUCAGUGUUGCUCCAAUGAUGGAUUGGACGGAUAAUCACUAUAGGACUCUUGCUCGACUCAUAUCAAAACAUGCAUGGCUUUACACAGAAAUGGUUGUGGCAGAAACCAUCGUUCAUCAAAGGAACAACUUGGAUAGAUUUUUGGCAUUUUCUCCAGAGCAGCACCCAAUUGUUCUACAACUUGGAGGGAGUAAUUUGGAGAACCUAGCAAAGGCAGCUGAAUUUGCAAAUGCUUACUCUUUUGAUGAACUUAAUCUAAACUGUGGAUGCCCUAGUGGAAAAGUUGCAGGUCAUGGUUGCUUUGGUGCACGUUUAAUGUUUGACCCAAAGUUUGUUGCGGAUGCUAUGUCAGCCAUUGCUGCCAAUUGUAGUGUUCCUGUCAGCGUGAAGUGCAGAAUAGGAGUAGAUGAUCAUGAUUCGUACAAUGAACUCUGUGACUUUGUUUAUGCAAUUGUUUCUAACUCGCCGACUAGACAUUUUAUUGUACAUGCACGGAAGGCAUUGCUCAGUGGCCUCAGUCCUGCUGAGAAUCGGAAGGUUCCUCCUCUAAAAUAUGAGUACUAUUUUGCCUUGUUGCGUGACUUCCCAGAAGUACAGUUUACUAUUAAUGGAGGCAUCACUGGCAUUGAUCAGGUAAAUGCAGCCCGAAGACAAGGAGCCCAUGGGGUCAUGGUUGGCCGUGCUGCUUAUAAUAACCCAUGGUCCACUCUGAGACAUGUUGAUAGUGCUGUAUAUGGUAUCCCAACUUCUAGUCUUUCACGUCGCCAGAUCCUUGAAAAGUAUCAGAUGUAUGGUGAUUCUGUUUUAGGGAAAUAUGGACCUGGCAAACCGAGUAUUCGACAACUUGUUAAGCCAUUACUGAACCUAUUUCAUUCAGAACCUGGAAAUGGUUUGUGGAAACGCAAGGCUGAUGCUGCAUUGCGCCGCUGCAAGUAUAUUUCUCAAUGAAGUUCAUUGCUUUAGGAUGGUAAGGGAUGGAGUAAACAACUGAUAUAAUGCUAUAUCGGUAUUAUGAGGGCUGGGGUAUUGUGCUGCUCCAAUUCACUCCAUGUAGGCCUCACAAGUCACCAAUCUUUGAUGCAUGAAGAGGUGUCUUAUCUGGUGUUACUUCCAAUUAUCUUUCACCACCAGUUCAUUCAUUUGUUCUCUUUGUUGUUUUUUUCAACUCUUCCGGUGUUUGUGGUGGUUGUGAUUUGGCCAUUGCUGUUAACUUGUUUUUUGUGACGAGGAAGGCAUGUUGUACUUGAGUAUUGACAACUUUCUUUGGAUCUUGGA